CAGACGUACGGUUACCAUGGAAUACAGUUUCAUCACAGAGGAAUGAGUAGAGUUCUAAUUUUUGCUCAUGUAUUAUUAUUAGUGACUUGUUUUGACAUGUAGUGAUUUUUUAAACAUGUCUUGUUGGAGCGGAAGAGUUUGCAGAUACCCGCAGAGUGUUACAUAAGCUGAAGCUAGUGUGUGACGGUAUAUACAAGUUCCACCAUGCAGUCAGAUGGGGACAGCGGAAUGGACCUGGAAGCAUGGCUGGCCAGUAAAGAAAGAGAGUGGAAGCUCCAGGCUGUAAGGAUUCAUCAGCUGGAGAGUUCCCUCAGAAAGGCCCAGGAGGAGUGCUCCUCCCUCAGAGAACACUACCAACGACUGUGGGAAGCCUUCCAGUUCAACCUGGCCAUCCUGGAUGAACGAGACAGAGAGCUGGAGAGAUAUGAUGUCAUAACUGCCAGAGCUCUGACUGUGGAGCACAACAGGCAGGAGGAGCUGAGCCAGCUCCAUAUGCAGAUUGCCAAAGUUGAGGACCAGAGAUCCAGAGAGGCUGAGGAGAGGCAGGAGGAGCUCAGGAAAAGUCAGCACAGUGCUGCUCAGCACAAGUUGCAGCUGGACAAGCUCACGUGCUCCUUGGCUGAUGAAAUUCAAAAGCAAACAGAGGAGUAUGAGAGGAUGACAUGGGAUUUGCAGCGCAGAAUACAAGAUCUAGAGGGAGAACUGACCCUACAGAGACAGGAAAUGACAGCAGCUUUUGAUAGUGAGCUCAGGCAGCGGGAACAUGAGUUCAACUUGAAAAUGGAUGAGAUGCACACUGUGGUGCUGUCUCAUGAUCUUAAGGUGCAGGUGCUGUCUAAAGAGACAGAGGUUCAUUGUCAGGCUCAGCUGCAGGCUACAGAGGCCCUCAAAGCAUCUGAGGAGUUCUGUCAGCAGAUACAAACCCAGCUACAAGACAAAGACCGGGAGAUCAAGGACCUCACAUCUGUCAAGAACUACAGGAUAAAGGAGCUUAAGGAUGAGGUGAAACAGAUGGAGACCAAGCUGAAGCAGACAGAGGAUGACAACAUUAAGAAAUAUGAGAAUGUGGUCAAGGCUCUGAAGCAGUGUGAUGCUCAACUGGAGGCUCAGCAUCAGGCCCACACAGAACAGCUGCGAAAGGCUGAGAAACGCAUUGUCAGACUACAGAAGCAUAUGAAAGUUCUGGAUGCACAGGUACGCCACAUACAAGAGGACCAGGAGGAUGCCAUGAAAAAGAAAGAUGAGACAAUCCAGAGGCUUCGCACAGAGGUAGAAACAACUCAAAUUCACUGGGAGAAGUACAUCAAUCAUGUCUCCAGCAAUAUGGUUGUCAAGGAUACAGAGAUAGUCGCCCUGCAGGAGAGAGAAACCAAACUUAAGAAUGAGCUGGAGUGGAGCAGGGAGGAGAUGGAGAGGUACAAGCAGCAGCUGAGUGCUGGUUUGGCAAGAGAAAGGGUCUUAGAACAGAUGCAAAUCCAGAUGGAGUUGGAGUGGCAGAGACACUGUGAGGACAUGAAGGCCAAACACUCCCUUGCCAAUGAGCAGCUAAUACAAGACCUGACCCACGCCAGAGAUCAGGCAAAAGCAGAGCUGAGGGAGAGAGAACAAGAGCUGCAGGACUUGACUGUCUUACUAUGUACUAUUAAUACGAAGAGAGACCAGGCAAUACAGGGUCUCACACCAAAGGUAGACUCUCUGACAUCAGAAGAGAUCCGACGUCUGCAAGAGCAGAACAGCAUCCUGCGAACUGUGGUUACCCAGAUGAGGAAGAACAUGGAGGAUCUCAGCCAUCCCCUACCCCAUCUCCAGUCCCAGCCACAGGCAUCCUCUCUUCAACCAAUUCAGCAUCCAGGAGCCCUUGCUGCAACCUCAAUCACCCCAACAGCUAAUGGUGGUCUGUUUCUAGAGAAAUGUGCCAAAACCUCUGAUUUGACAAAGCUGGAGGUGACAGUGGCACAAACAGAGUCUGCUUCUGCCAACAUCAUGGAACAGAGUGCACUGGUGCAACAGCUCCAAGGGGAGAAUCAGCAUUUGCAGCAGCAACAGAUUUCAAAUCAGUUUGAAAGCAUCCAGGGCGAAAGAAGCAACCCUCUCAUCAUGCAUUUCAGGCUGAAGCAGGCAGUGUCCUGUAUCACCCGUCUGAGCAGAGAAAACCAGCAACUGAUAGAGAUGGGCAACCGCCUUCGUGGCCAGAUCACCACUGCUGGAAUACAGGAACCAGUGCAGCCAGAGAAGGAUUCCUCCACAGAAAAACAAAGACACCAACAUGACCAGCUGUCUGCUCUGGAACAGCUUCAGUACCAGCUCACCACACAGGAACUGCAGUAUGCUCUGAGGAGGAGGGAUUCCACUGUUGCUGAACAGCACCUCCCUAAAACCAACAACCAAGAUCCAACCACAAGAGGGCCUGCCAACCCUUGGUCCCAGGUUCACAAAACCACAAACAGAUCUGAGAUCUCCAAGAACAAAGAGAACACUCCUCCAUUCAGCCAGUCACAUUGCUCAGUGAACGUGGAGCCAGAGCCCCAUUCAGGUCUGUUCAGGUCUCAGUUGUCAUCAGAGGAAUCACUGCAAUCGUUAAAGGAGUUGUGGGACAUACUAGACCAUGUACUCAGUCCAUCUGUUCUCACAGAAGGUAAAAGUGAGCUAAGCAGGAGGGAAGUGACUGAGCCUGAUGGUGCUGGAGUCCAGAUGAUGGUGCAUGGAAUCAGUGCCCCUAUUCAUAGCCAGUCAUCAACUGAGAUCCAGCAGAGGCUGAACCCCUCUGAAAAACCAUCAGACACUACUAAGACGAGCAGACCUGGAGCCCAUGGCAAGAUCAGUAAGGUCAGAAACUACAAUGUUAAAGACUGACACAUACACAAGACAAUCUGUCAGUACACUAGUCAUCUCUUACUCAGACUGUGACACAAUUUUUACAAAAUCUUCUAUGGUUCUGGAGGAGCUGUGUCAUGGCUGAUGUCAUCAGGGUUAAUUCAGCCACAGACAGUCUGCAUUAUAAUCCAGAGUCAUGGAAUUUGAACAGGAGGAUCAAAUGAAAACAUGGUUAUAUUGAAUGUUUUUUUACUGAAGCUGAAUUAUAGCUCCCUCAAAAUAAUCAGGGUAGCAUGAGUACACACAAAAGUAAAAACACCUAUAAGUGAAAUGCACUCCAAAUUAAGGAAUGCUACUAAAUACACAAUUCUUAAUUACAUUUUAGAAUAAGCCUUAUGGUAAGAACAUACAUUUUUACUACUCUUUCCAACAUUAGAGUUCAAGUGUCUGAUCAGUUGAAGACCACAAUAAAAAUAAAGCCAUACGCUUUGUUGUGUAUAAUCCUAUUUUUCAAUGUAUGUAAUGUACAAAACCAUUCUGUAUGUUUUAUUGCCUUGUAAUAAACAUUUUUUUUCUUUC